CAUAGUCUUUCCGACAAAAUUGUGCAUAUCCUGCCAUUAAUGUACGUGGUGUGUGGGUAACGUAUACAGGUUUCAGUGCCUACUCCAUCCAUACCUCAUCGUCUCCAUUUCGCCUCCUCUCCUCUGAAGACCCCAUAAUCGAACGAACGAACGACUGUGAUAUGAAGGCAUGCAAUUUGCAGACAAUCAAAUUCAUGCUCAAUCCCAGCAUCACCACUCUGUUCGUCCUAACUUUUCUCUCAGGUUUCUCUUCGUCUUUCAAGGAGGAAGGACAGACAUGCGUGGCCGACCGAAACUGCAACGCUGGGCUACAUUGCGAAAUGUGCCUGGCUAGUGGAAUGAAACGGCCUCGAUGUACUCGAAUUCGACCAGUGAUUCCCACUUCCAAGGUGAAGGGGUUGCCAUUUAAUCGGUAUUCGUGGCUAACCACGCACAAUGCGUUCGCUCGAUUGGGAGAGAGGUCGGAUACGGGGUCUCUGAUUUUGUCUCCAACUAACCAGCAGGACUCCAUUACCGAUCAGCUCCAUAAUGGUGUUAGAGGUUUGAUGCUCGAUAUGUACGACUUCCACAAUGACAUCUGGUUAUGUCACUCCUUUGGUGGCAUAUGCUUCAACAACACAGCUUUUCAACCUGCCAUUAAAGUUUUAAAAGAGAUUUAUGUGUUUCUGGAAGCAAACCCCUCGGAAAUCAUCACCAUAAUUAUUGAAGAUUACGUUUCAUCUCCACAUGGCCUAACCAAAGUGUUUGAUGCUGCUGGCCUAAGGAAAUUCUGGUUUCCAGUAUCUCGAAUGCCAAAAAAUGGUGAAAAUUGGCCGACAGUUGAUGAUAUGGUGAGACACAAUCAGCGUUUAGUGGUUUUUACUUCGAAACAGUCUAAGGAGGCUUCUGAAGGGAUUGCGUAUGAAUGGAAAUACCUAGUGGAAAACCAAUAUGGUAAUGGCGGGAUGAGAGAGGGUUCCUGUCCAAACCGUGCAGAAUCAUCUCCCAUGAGCAUGAAAACAAGGUCUCUAGUCCUAAUGAACUACUUCCCCGACACUCCAGAUGUAACCCAAGCUUGCAAGCAUAACUCAGCUCCAUUAAUUAGCAUGAUGAACACUUGUUAUGAAGCGGCUGGUAAACGAUGGCCCAACUUUAUUGCUGUUGACUUUUACAAGAGAAGUGAUGGAGGGGGAGCACCUGAAGCUGUUGAUAUUGCCAACGGGCAUCUAGUUUGUGGGCGUGAGGGUAUCGCCCUUUGCAAGGAAAAUGUGUCUUUUGGGAGCAUGUGACCUACCUUGGGACAGUUUUUUGAUGGUUAUCACAACAUGAAUCUUGUAACUCUACAUAAAGUUUCUUAGUGAGAAACACACAAGAAAAAUGAGAUAUAGAGUUUGCAACUUAUUUGGGAUAUAUAGUUUGUAAUUGGUGCCAUGUGAUUACAACAACAAAUAAACAGUAUUAUUAAUGUUUGGGCUGAUCUCUCUUUCUGUUUUUUGGAACGAGAUGAUAGGUAUAAAAAAAGAGGUUCUUUCUAAA